ACGAGAUCGUAGGCACCGCCCGUUUAUCUGCCGCCUCCUUUCGCCAUGGACACCUGGACCUGCCAAGAGGUCGGGGAAUGGCUCCAAGCAAAGGGUCUUGGCGAAUAUGUGGAGGUCUUCCGGCAGCAAGCGGUUGACGGCGCAUGUCUCAUCGAGUUGAAUGACACUGAGACUCUGAACAAAGCAUUCAAGAUGCCAUGGGGGCAUGGUAACCGCAUUGUGAACGGAAUCAAAGAAUACGUCGACAGCGUUCUGGAGCUGGUCGUCCUGCAAGCAUCCCCGCUGGUCAUGGAGGCACCGACCGCCAACGCCAUGGGAAAGAUGUACCACUUCAUGGAGAAACUCGACCUGGACACGGAGCGCGCGGCGAUUACGGACAUCUUGACGCGGCACCUCCCCGACAAGCGCAUCCGCGCGCGGUUCGAAGUGGCGACCGUGGAUUCGUUCCAGUCGUUGCUCACUGCGUAUCACGUCAAGGUGCUGCACUUUUCCGGGCAUGGCGUCGGGUCGCAGCACGAACUCUGCUUUGAGAACGGACACGGCCUCACACACAAGAUCUCCCGCGGCGACCUCCACGGCCUCCUCACAUCUUCGUCCAACACGUCGCUCCAGGUGGUGUUUGUCAGCUCGUGCCACAGCGAGCCCGUGGCCAGGGUCUUCGAGGCCGCGGGGGUGCCGCAUGUGAUCGCCGUCCACUCGGACUCGCGCAUCGUCGACGCCAGCGCCAGAGACUUUGCCAAGCACUUUUACCUGUCGCUGUUUGCUGGCAAGACGGUCGCGGCGUCGUUUCAGAACGCGAUCACAGCCAUCAAACUCAGCGCGUCCACCAACUCGCACCGCGCGUGCUGCUGCAGCCACCUCCACUUGAAAACGUGCAAGUGGUGGCUCGGCGGCGGCAUCCACGCCAAACACUCACCGACCGACUGCUGCUGCAAGCCCGGGGUCAAGCUCCCCCACGACGAAAGCAGCAAGUUCCUCCUCGUCGGCACCCAUGCCGAUCACCGCGUCGUGGUCUUUCCGUCCAUGGCGCGCGGGUCAUUUGUCGACCUCACGCCGCCGUGCCCGUCCAACAUCCCCGCCAUGUCCAAGCAGUUUGUCGGUCGACAUGUCGAAACGUACCGCCUCGUGCGGUCGAUCUGGUGCGGCCACGUCACGGUGUGCACUGGGGCUCCGGGCAUCGGCAAGAGCUCGCUCGCGUUGGCGGCGGCGCAUUAUAUUUUACAGCGCCGCGUGUGCCCCGACGGCGUCUUCUACGUCGACUUGGAAGGGCUUGAGCUCAGUGCUGUGCGGUACGCCAUAGCGCGCAGCGUGGGGCUGUCCACGGGCGACUCCGAGUCGAGUUCCGACGCCGAAGUGUUUGCCGAGCUCGGCACCAAGCGUUGCUUGCUAGUACUGGACAAGGUGGAAGACUUGCUGGAUUUUGACCAAGACAAGACCCAGGCGUGGCUCGGCCAGCUCGUCGCGUGUGCCAGCAACACGCGGUUCCUCUUGGCAUCCCGCCGCGCCCCCGUGAUCCCGAACGUGACCCUGCAGCACUACACGAUUGACGAGCUGUCUCCGUCGCUCUCCGAGAGCCUCCUGCGCCUCUGCAACCCCCUCUGCAGCGUCCAUGAAGCCCGCAGUCUCGCGCGUAUCUGCGGGUACCUCCCACUGGCCCUGCGCGUGAUCGGUCGCGCCCUGGCCAACACCCGAUCCAACUUGACCGCAAACGACUUGAUUCAGCGCCUCCAGAGCGAAGAAGGACGUUUGGAGCGGUUUGCGGGGCUGCCGAAUGCGGGCGAGAAGGAGUGCAUUGAUCGCUGCAUCCGGUCUUCGUUCACCCACUUGGAUCCGUGGUUGCAGCUGGCGUUCAUGGCGCUGGGGCUGUUCCGAGGCGGGUUCGACCGCGCCGCCGCCACCGCCGUGCUUCAGUCCGUGUCUCGAGGCGGCUCUUCGGCCUCCUCUAUGUCGUCGGGGCCUGGCUCGCUGGCCAAGUCGUUGUCGGAACCGUCGAUGCGGCCGUCCUCGUCCUCCUCUUCCUCCCACAGAACUGGCGGCUCUCUUGCGUCGAGCUACCGACGACCCCAGUCGACCAUGCAUCGAUCAGCGUCGGGCUUGACCCAUCUCGAGACACUGGACGUUGAGACCUGGGGUGAUAAACUGCAGCUGCUCAACAGCCUCUUGGAGCACGACAAGGAUGAUGCCGUGUCGACGGAAAUGUUUUUGCUUUUGACGCUGGAGAGCAAGGAGGAGCGGGCCGCCACGGCGCUGGAUGUCACGUCCACGGACGACGUUCUCGAGACACUCAACCACUGGUCGCUGCUCGAGCGGGUCUCCGUGCCCCGAAAGGUCGUCCAGACAUCUCCGUCGUCCGGUGCUGCAAAACCAACGUACGAGACUGUGACACAGUACCGCCUCCACAGCAUGAUCCAGCUCUUUGCUGAAGACGAAGCCAACCGACGCAGCUUUGAAAACGCUCAAAAUUACGCCUUGUACUUGACGUGGCGUCGGCGCUUUGUGCGCCAUUAUUAUGCAAUUUUGACUCGCGCGUCGUGCAAUUUUAGAUCGGUGGGCAAUUUGAAUUUAUUCGACCAACAUCGAUCUAACAUUGAGUCGGCGCUGCGAAUUGCCGAGCAACUAGCUCGCCACAGCGAGUACUUGGCGCGCGACAUGAACGCCACCAAAGCCCGUGACGAAGCAGAAGAUGAAUGCACCAGCACAAGCGGGGACGACGUGGACGUGCCCGUCGUCGACACCCUCCUCUACGCGCUGCUGAUUGUGCGCGGCCGGUUCAUCUUUCGGGUGCGCCUCGACCCUCGCCAGCGCAUGGAAGUGUACGAGAAGGCGAUUCAGCUGAGCCAGAGCGCGCGCGUGCUCAACUGUUCGUGCGGCCACAUGGAGAACGACUCGACGGCGCUCAUGACAACAGACGCCGACCUGGACGACGACACGCCCGUGGUGCGGGACACGUACGACACGCCGUCUAAGGACGCGCCGCCGUGCAAGUGCGCGGGCGUGAUGGAGCUGCUGGCACUCGAAGUGCUCAUGGUCAUGGAGAUGGGGUAUGCGUACUACGACGUGACAGACUACGCUCGGUCUGAGCACAUGUACCGCGAGUCUCUGCGACUGCAGCGCGAUGUGCUGAAGCGUGAGAACCACUCACACGUGGCAGAGGUGAUGAAUUACCUCGGGAUCUGCCUCAGCACUCGAAAAGGCUUUAAUGCUGUCAACCAGUCGUUGUUUCGGCAAGCAGAAUCGCUGCUCAUCGAAGCCAAGACCAUGCGUGAGCUGGUGCUGGGAACGUUGCACGUGGACUACGCCACGAGCUUGAACAACUUGGCCAACUUUUACAAGUCGGCGCUGCAGAUGCUCAGCUCCCGGCACACGGACGGACCCGACUCCAAGUUGUUCGGGUGGGGCGGGGUCCUACUCAAAUCGGACGAUCAGAUCAUGGACUUGUACGAGGAAUCGCUGGCUAUCCGGAAGAUGCUCAGCCCGGACCAAAUGCAUCCGCAUGUGGCGCAGAGCUUGAACAACAUGGCGCUAUUUUUAUCGCAUACACUCGACAAACCCCCCCGCAACCGAAUGCCAAAGGACCAGCUCGCGCUCGAAUAUAUGAAAAUAUACGACUGGUACAACCUGGCGCUGACGAUUCGACGCGUGAAGUUGGGGAAUAACAACCCUGACACGGCUUCCACGUUGAAUAAUUUGGGAAAUCUCAAAUUCAUUCAGAAGGACUAUUUAUCGGCGGAACAGUACUGCGUCGAAGCUUUGAAAAUUCGCAAGCAAUACUACAACCACGACAAUGACCGCGUGGCCCAGACAUUGCUAAACCUUGGCCGUAUUUAUGUCGCGCAGAACAAAUACAACUUGGCCGAAGCCGCCUACACAGAAGCGUUGGCGAUUCGACAAGUGCUGUUGCCAGAUUCAAAAGAAGUCGGGUUUUGCCUUGAGAAAAUCGGCCGGUGUAAAAUUCGACUAAAUCAAACGGAUGAGGGGGAAAAGAUGCUGCUCGAAGGCCAACUCAUGCGCCGGCGGUCGUCGCACCCUUCGUCGUGGGGCGGGUCUCAGAGCAGCACCAAUAGCUAUCAGCAGCCGCCUGCCACGUCAUCGUUCCGGAGGCACGUGAACGAGUCGUUUUGCUCCAUGGAAUCCGACUCGACGGGAGGCGAUUCGACCCUGUCGUCGUCGUCGGCGGCUCCGUCCGUCGAAAAGCUGGCGCUGGCAUCAAUCUUGUCACCCGAGAUGCUGGCAAGAGCUGACGAGCUCAACAUCGACGGAAGGCUCAUUGGCAAGCAAGGGGCGCGCAUCAAAGAGGUCGAACAAGCGAGCGGCGCGCGCGUGACAUACCACGGCGUCCGGACCUGCCAGAACUUGGCGCACUUCAGCUUCUUGGGCUCUACCGACCAAACCGCCAGGGCCAAGUUCUUGUGUGAAGCCAUGUUGAAGUCCCUUCCUCGUCAGCCCUCGUUGUCGUCGUCGUCGGCAGCGUCGGCUGGCAAGCCCAAUGGACGGCCGAAAACGACGUUUGGACAGGCGGCGGCGGCGGCGUCAUCUAGGCCGCCGCGUCAUGGAGAUCGCAAGGGCAACCGGAAUAUGGCCAAUGGAGGCAGUAACGAAGGCACGGCUCGAAGCAGUAGUGGCGGAGCAACAACUCCAUCCUCGUCAAACACAACGUCGUCGUCGGUACGGCAGGCUGUCACGUUGUCCGAUUACAUGGCCCCAACGACCAAAAGGAAGGGCAAAGUCGUUCCUGGCGGCAAAUCCACGUCGUAAUCCCACGCAAUACUGUAUUGCAGUCAUACUCGGACUAUUAAUAGUAAUGACGCUG